CACCAAAGCUGUAGAGGCAUCCCUGGUUGGGGUGUGCUGGAGCUUAGGGAGGCCUCGACAAGAUCGCCGUUUGCUCUCAGCUCUACCCCACAGGAAUCCGGCGGGACGAGCAGGACUUUGGAACCCGAUGGGGAAAUGUUGCAGGAAGAGGGAGCGGGGUCAACAGGCAGGCUAGCGCCACGGCCUCCACAGUCAGUCGAGUCCGGCGGGUCACCUUCACCUCCCCGCCGCGGGCGCGCGCCUCUCCCCCCACACCUCCUCCCGCGGCUGGACUACCAGACGGAAGCCGCGUGUCAGUCCAGGGUCCAAGUCUACGGCCAGGAGGGCAGGGGCGGGCUCCGAUCCGCCGAAUGCCCGGCGCGUCACAGCCUCAGCUACUGAUUGGCGGUCCACUGCGGUCACGGGCCAGGAGCCGCGGGAUUGGCGCCGCCCGUGGUGAGAGCUGAACUAACGGGACUCCGGGCGGCGGGUCCAGAAGCAAGAGGGGCUAGUGUUGGCUCGGAGCCAAGAGCCGCAGAGUGGGAGCCUGACCGGGACACGCGCAUCAUGCCCUACCUGCUCAUCAGCACCCAGAUCCGAAUGGAGGUGGGCCCCACCAUGGUGGGCGAUGAACAUUCGGAUCCAGAGCUAAUGCAGCAUCUGGGGGCCUCCAAAAGAAGUGUCCUGGGAAACAACUUCUGUGAGUACUACGUCAAUGACCCUCCUCGCAUAGUCCUGGACAAGCUGGAACGCAGGGGCUUCCGUGUGUUGAGCAUGACAGGGGUGGGCCAGACACUGGUGUGGUGCCUGCACAAGGAGUGACCUUCUCUCUGGAGUGACCCCUGCACAAGGGGUGCUCCUCUCUGGAGGGGCUGCCAUGGGUCUUUUCCUCAAGCCCUCACCUUACUGAUUGCCUUGCCCCCAUCUUCCCAGAUUGUCCUUGCACUUGGUCCAUCCCCAACAGGUAGAGAAUGGCCUUGGCAACUCUGCCUUGGCCACUGGGGGAGGGGAGCGCCCCUUGCCCCAGUGCUCCCAGCUGCCCUCCUGCUUCAGGCCUGACCUGAGGGCCGAUGGCAGACCGUGUUCUGUGGGCAGGCUGCCCUGCUGUACUGGCACUCCAGUAGAGGAUGAUGCCAGGACUCGGCGGGUGGGUCCUGUGUAGCUUGUCCAAGCCAAUAAAGAGCUGUGAUGAGUG